UGUUUCAUAUCGUAAGACUUUCAGUCUUAUCUAGAUUUAUUUAUCGAUCGAUGUAUAUAAAUUCACGGUAGAGUAGCUUGAUCCUGAAUUAUUCUAAAGGAGAAACCCUGAAUCAUUCCAAGAUAUUAGCAAAUGUACAACUGCAGGCUACAGAACAUGAGCAAGAUAUGGGAGUAUGUCAGAGUUUAGCAUGUGUUGAUCUGUAGAAAAGCUAUCAAACCUAUGUCUGUCAGUGAGAUAUGGGCCACCUUGCGUCCAUGCAUAUGCAUGUGUUCAUAAUGUAGCAUGGAAUACGUAGUAAUCAUGGAAAAUACUUAAGAAUGAGAAAAAAAAAGAGAAAGAAACCUGGUGUGAUCUUCCAGGGAGUGGUCAGCAGAUGCAAGAUCACAAAAAAAAAGUCUCCAGAGAAUCAUCAGGAUAGCUUAGUUUUUCAGAUCAGAUGUCUCUUGCCUGCACACGCGUUCAAGGGCUACAGCUAGAAUAAUCAAAUCGAGUUUCUAGCUUCUUCACAAGCUGGACAGCCACACUGCCUAUAUAAACCGAUGCAUCCCACUGUGGAUGAUCACAACAACACAUUGGUAAAAGAGGAUGGGUUUCAGCGAGACGCAGGAAGAGCUGGUCCUUCGCUCAUGGCGAGCGAUGAAGAAGGACUCUGAAUCCAUUGCUCUCAAGGUCUUCUUCAGGAUCUUUGAGAUUGCGCCGGGUGCGAAGCAGAUGUUCUCGUUCCUGCGUGACUCCGGCGACGUGCCCCUCGAGAACCACCCCAAGCUCAAGUCCCACGCCGUCACCGUCUUCGUCUUGGCAUGCGAGUCGGCGACGCAGCUGAGGAAGACGGGCGACGUGAAGGUGAGGGAGGCCACCCUGAAGCGGCUGCGCGCGACCCACGCCAACGCCGGCGUCGCCGACGCUCACUUCGAGGUGGUGAAGACGGCGUUGCUGGACACCAUCAGGGACGCGGUGCCGGAGAUGUGGUCGCCGGAGAUGAGGGGCGCGUGGGAGGAGGCGUACGAUCAGCUGGCUGCGGCCAUCAAGGAGGAGAUGAAGAAGGCGGCUGCUCCCACUUGAUUAAAUACGGAGUACUCUCUUUGUCUUGCUAAAGCCUGCCUUGUGAAGGGCCUUAAUAGCGUAAUUAAGCUGCACUUGCUUUGCUGUUGUUAUUACGUAUGUCAGUAUGUGUGUUAAAACAUAAUCAACUUCUUCCGUUGAUCUUGUAUGAAUAAAAAUAUACAGGCACUACCCCAUUGCAGGGAUGGGUUUCCGCCAUUUCCUACGUAUCACUUGGUAGGCCAAGACUAUUGAUU